AUGCUGCAGCUCACGAUCAGCGUAGGGUUCACUGUAACUGGUUCAUGGUUGGCAGAAGUAAUUCUCAUGAUGCGCACAUACGCCAUAUGGGGGCGGAAAAAGAUGAUAUGGGUUUUCUUCUUGUUUCCGAUCGUCGCGAUCAUAUCUUCGGCUGCUAUCACCGCUCUUGAAGUGCGCUCUUUGCAAUUCAUUCUCACCUUAACCCUCGUCAAGGCCAUUCCGGCAUUUCGACGCGCGCGGUCUCCACUGAUUACGAACCUGUAUCGCGACGGCAUAUUGUUCUAUGUCUAUCUCCUUUGUAUGAGCAGCGCCAACGUGAUUGUACCAUUGGUGACCACGGCUGAUUACACGAAUAUCCUAUCCACGCCUCAACCGAGCGCUACCAUCCUGGUGUACGAUUACUUACGGACGCUCGAGGAUGAGAUCAGUUUUGUGUGGAACACGCCAAAUCCGCGGCUUAUUGCCACUGCACUAUUCUUGGUCAACCGCUAUCUUCCAUUUGUGGAGACUUUUGUUGCGCUUCAUAGAUUAACGACUAUAAUCUCACCGGAGCGUUGCUUGGUUCAAGUGACCGUGGUUACCUGUGUGUCGAAUCAUCUAUCCAUAGUCGAGUACAGCUAA